GCUGGUCCCACAACCUUCCGAUCGUCCAGCACCAUAGAUAGAGUCAAGAGUAGUGUACGCUGAAUAGUCAUAACUCAAUUCUCAUUACUUUUACGUUCAACGUUCAUUAAGUCCGUUGUUACGGUUCAUUCUCGUCACCGCUUUGAGUUGCUAUCUUCACUUUACCUCUUUACUCUUUAGUCUUUACUACAGACAAUCGUCGUAAUGGCCAACCCAAAAGUAUUUUUUGACAUGACCGUCGAUGGACAACCGGCCGGCAGAAUCGUUAUCGAAUUACGAAAAGAUGUUGUGCCAAAAACUGCUGAGAAUUUCCGUGCCUUGUGUACUGGUGAAAAAGGUUAUGGCUAUAAAGGUAGUGUUUUCCACCGUGUCAUCCCCAACUUUAUGUGCCAAGGUGGUGACUUUACCAAUCAUAAUGGUACUGGAGGCAAAUCCAUUUACGGUGCCAAGUUUGGCGAUGAAAACUUUGCCCUAAAACAUACUGGACCUGGUAUUUUAUCAAUGGCUAAUGCUGGCCCAAAUACAAAUGGUAGUCAGUUUUUCAUCACUACAGUUAAGACUGCAUGGUUAGAUGGUAAACAUGUUGUUUUUGGAUCUGUUACCGAGGGUAUGGACGUUGUAAAAAAAUUAGAGAGUUAUGGAACUGAUACAGGAGAGACCAAAAAGAAGGUUGUUGUAGCUAACUGUGGAGAACUUUAAGCAUUUUUUACACAUAUUCUGUUACUAAACAUUUUCAAUUAAAAAUAUGCUGAAUUUUA